GCGAUAACGCGGGACCACCUUAAAGUUGUUGAGUUUCUCCUCAAAAGCGGCGUCAACGUGAACGAGCGAAUUCGCAAUAACGAAACUCCUCUACUACUCGCCGUCGAAUCCCGGGGCGAGCCUAUGGUCCAGCUUUUGCUCGAGCAUCACGCAGAUCCGUGCCUAUCCAACCGAUGGGGUUUGACGGCGCUGCAUGUGGCCUGUUACGAAGGCUCAGCAGCACUGACACGGCUGCUACUCAAGCAAAGUACUAUAAAGGUGGAUAAAACGGACAAUUUCGGAUGGACGCCAUUGCACUAUGCCGCUCAAACCGACUCUAAAGCAGUCGCCGAGCUUCUUUUAGCUCACGGUGCC